CUCUCUCAGCUGCAGGGAUUUGUCCUCCACAAGAAUGGGGGUGGGAGGGAACAAGGAAUGGAAGCGAGCAGGGAGCAGGAGCUAGAGAAUGCCAGGAUCUGGCUUUUGUUAUUGGUUGGCUGCCGCCUGAUGGCUAGAGGAGGGAGGAGUGAAUUCUCUUCAGUGUGUUCUGACGGAGCUGAAGUCCAGAAACCAUAUUACAGGUACAUGUGACAGGGCUGCAGCUAUGAGCGGACUCUUAAAGAGGAAGUUUGAAGAAGUCGACAUCUCCUCAACCUGCUCUUCUGUGCAAGAAUCAGAUGAUGAUGUUUUUAGCUGUGACAGUGCUGAGUGUGUUGAUAGUGUCUAUCUGUCCACAUCUAAUCAUUUUACCAGUACAUGUGACAGCGCUGCAGCUAUGAGUGGAAUUUUAAAGAGGAAGUUUGAAGAAGUUGACGGCUCCUCACCCUGCUCCUCUGUGCGGGAAUCAGAUGAUGAAGUUUCCAGCAGCGAAAGCGCUGACAGCGGGGACAGCGUCAAUCCAUCUACAUCCAACCACUUCACCCCAUCCUCCAUUCUCAAGAGGGAGAAGCGGUUGAGGACAAAGAAUGUGCACUUCAGCUGUGUCACCGUAUACUACUUCACCAGGAGGCAGGGCUUCACGAGCGUGCCCAGUCAGGGGGGCAGCACCCUGGGCAUGUCCAGCCGCCACAACAGUGUGCGCCAGUACACCCUGGGCGAGUUCGCCCGGGAGCAGGAGAGGCUUCACCGCGAGAUGCUGAGGGAACACCUCAGGGAAGAAAAGCUGAACUCUUUAAAACUAAAGAUGACUAAGAAUGGCACAGUGGAGUCAGAAGAAGCUAGCACUCUUACAGUGGAUGAUAUUUCUGAUGAUGAUAUUGAUUUAGACAAUACGGAAGUAGACGAGUACUUCUUCCUACAACCCCUGCCAACAAAAAAGCGAAGGGCGCUUCUGCGAGCCUCUGGAGUUAAAAAGAUUGAUGUGGAAGAGAAGCAUGAGUUGCGAGCCAUCCGCCUGUCUAGGGAGGACUGUGGCUGUGACUGCAGAGUGUUCUGCGAUCCAGAAACAUGUACUUGCAGCCUGGCAGGCAUUAAGUGUCAGGUGGAUCGGAUGUCUUUCCCCUGUGGCUGCACUAAAGAAGGGUGUAGUAACACAGCAGGUAGAAUUGAAUUUAAUCCUAUCCGUGUCCGGACUCACUUUUUGCACACAAUAAUGAAACUUGAACUGGAAAAAAACCGAGAGCAGCAAAUCCCCACACUGAACGGCUGCCAUGGGGAGAUAAGCGCACACAGUAGUUCCAUGGGCCCUGCUGCUCACUCUGUAGAAUAUUCUAUUGCAGACAAUUUCGAGAUUGAAACUGAGCCCCAAGCUGCAGUGCUGCACCUGCAGUCUGCAGAAGAAUUAGAUUGCCAAGGAGAGGAGGAUGAAGAGGAGGAGGAUGGGAGCAGCUUUUGCAGUGGAGUCACUGAUUCUAGCACACAAAGCCUGGCACCUAGUGAGUCGGAUGAGGAGGAGGAGGAAGAGGAAGAGGAGGAAGAAGAGGAUGAUGAGGAUAAAAGAGACAGCUUCGUGGAAGGUUUGGGCACCCAUGCUGAUGUUGUGCCUCUUCCUUCAGUCCUUUGUUAUUCAGAUGGCACAGCUGUUCACGAAAGCCACACAAAAAAUGCUUCUUUUUAUGCCAACUCUUCAACUCUCUACUACCAAAUAGAUAGCCACAUUCCAGGAACACCUAGCCAGAUCUCUGAGAACUAUUCUGAAAGAGAUACUGUCAAGAAUGGUACCCUUUCGUUGGUGCCUUACACCAUGACCCCAGAGCAAUUCGUUGACUAUGCCCGGCAAGCAGAAGAGGCCUAUGGUGCCUCCCAUUACGCAGCUGCCAACCCCUCUGUGAUUGUUUGCUGCUCCUCUUCAGAAAAUGAUAGUGGGGUGCCCUGCAAUAGUUUAUAUCCCGAACAUAGGUCCAGUCAUCCUCAAGUGGAAUUUCACUCAUACUUGAAAGGCCCUUCUCAGGAAGGGUUUGUCUCCACUUUGAAUGGUGACAGUCACAUUUCGGAGCAUCCUGCUGAAAAUCCUUUGAGCCUUGCAGAAAAGAGCAGAUUGCAUGAAGAGUGCAUCAAAUCACCUGUGGUUGAGACUGUUCCUGUUUAGUAGCUUAAAUUAUUCUAUUAUAGGACCAACUCUUCUAUUUAAGGCACUGCAUUUAAUUGGAUUUCCUGGGCUCAUCAUUGUUUAAACUGAAGACCGAAAAAUUUGGACUGUGAUUCAUCUUCCAGACUGUAUUUUGUUUUCUCCUUUUUAGCUACAUGACUGUGGCAUUGCACAAAUACAGUCACUAUGGGGGAAUUUAAAAGAUUUCAGACUGUUUUGAUAGAAAAUGCUACAUUUUAAAAAUGCGUAUCUCACAGUUGCCUACCUGUCAAACUGUGUGAAACCUGCCAAGCUGUGCAGAUCAGAGCUCCAAGUUUUGGAUUAUCGGGCCUGUGCAAGAUUGUUAACUAAGGCUGCAAAAUAAUAAGAUUUAGAGUCCUAAUUUUCGAUAUAUCUGAAGAUGAUGGGGACUUUUUAAUGGAAAAGUAAUUAUUGUAAGAAAAAGAUUUACUUGUUUCAUGUGUAUUUUAUUUAUAGUAGCUUAGAAGUCAUGUUUUGACAAAAAUGAACAGCAGCAUGUUCAUUCAAGCUGAAGAAGCCGAUCGACGACCACAGAGCAUGCCCACAUAGAUUGCAUCUGGAAUUCACUCACGUUUUUACGAUCCUGACUGUUCAGGUUUGCAAAUACUUUCUUAAGGGUGAAAUAGGCCUAUUUUUGCUAUUUUGGACAAAUAAGUGAGUCUAUAUGUGCAGGUCCUUACCCAGUUUUCUCUAGAGUUAAGAGUUAGGACAAUCCUCCGGGGAGGGUCCAGUUUCUUGCCCUCCCUCAGCUGACUUCCAAGGUGGAGGUAGAAGGAAUUGCCUUUCUUUUUAAAUAGCAUCAACUUGGUUCUUAGCCUGGACAGCACCUUUAAACUCUACCCCCUACAUCAAAAUGCACUUUAGUGCCCCUUCACGGUACCUUGUGUGGGGUGGGGACUGAGAACUCUUUGAGAUGAAAAAUUUUAAAAAUUAAAAAAAAAGAUCUGAAACUAUUCUAAGGUUCAUACAUACAGUUAACAUAGAGGAAUAAUCCAGUGACACUUGUGAAGGAAAAGUGACUUGUUUUCCUUCACCACUCUGAGGACCUAACUCAGUAAACGCAAGGAGGCUGAGGCAACAUGGAAGAGACAUUCUCAGCAAGCAGCCUUUUCUGCAACAUGAUCGGUCCAUCUCUACAAAUAAGUGUAUAAUGAAAUUUACACUUAGUGACUAGCUGAUCGAAGGGGGCCUCUACCCAAAUACUCAACUAGGCCUUACUUUUCUGAAGCAUUUUGAUUUGUCUUGCCUGGGACAAUUAACAGAACAGUCCAGAAUGCAUUGCAUACUCUAAUUACCUCACGUUCUCUUAUUAAAGAGAACAGAUAGAAAUAAAACAUGCACUCCCCACCUUUAGAUUACCUGCACUUAGUUCACCAGAGGACUUCUAAGAACCCUUUUUCCUGUAAAUUAAUUUAGCUAACAAAAUAGUGUGUUCCACUUUCCACCUUGCCCAAUGCAAUAUGACUAUGCUAAAUCUGUUUCACAUUUUUGACCUUCUCUUGUUAUAUCAUUUCACAUGUUUUAUGACUAUUUGAAAUGUGGACAUGCCUUGCUAUUGAGUGACUGCAUCGCUACUUAUUUUUUAUGUCUUUUAGACUUGGGUAUUUAGAAAUACAGAUAUAAAUAUAUUGUACAUCUCAGUUCCUUAAAAAUACUAUGUUAUUUGAUUCAAUUUAAAAAAAUGUUUGGUUUGGAGAAAGUCCUCCAAUGGAAAAGUUUCUACUAGAACUUGAUGUGGAGAAAACAUGUUUACUUGGCAGCUCUUCCAUGGUGGAGUUGGUUCUUGCCCCUUUUCUACCCCAUCUCUGGGCCAAGUUUGUAACCACUCAUAUUCACAUUAAAGAAGCUUUGGACUUGUGGAGGUGUAGGCAGCAGUAAUGAGAUCAGGAAUGUUCCAUUUUAAUGAUUAGCCAGGGAAUCAUUACAUACAGUUUUUAGUGCUUGAUCUCCAGGAUUGUUUUUCCCCCUCUUACUAAUACAAUAUAAAGAGCACAGUCACAAAGAGAAAAUGACAAGAGGUUAUUGGUCCUUCACUCAAGCAUAUGAAAAAAAUCAUGUGUUCCUCAUUUGCUGGACCAUUACAGGCUCUGGAAGAACUUACAUAUGAAGAACUCUGAGGUUAUUCAUGGAACACAGAGUAUGGGAGAUAAGGGGCAGAGCCAACUAGCUAGAGCACAGUUGAAAGGUGGAAUGGCAGUCCAGUUUCGGAACAGAUAGACAUUUUAGUUCAGCUUUUUUUACUCAAGACGGUGACUAUUUUAUGACUCGUUAUGUCACUGUUUUGUAGUUUUGUUUACAAAAGGAUACUGACAGAAAGAUUUGUUGAGCUUUGUUGCCUCUGUCUAAUUGGAUGACAAAGUCACUGCCUUAUUAAGUUUCAGCUAUCCAACCAUAACAACUUUGUUUCAAAUUUUCAUAGACCUAAGUGAACCUUCAGCAUCUCCUACAAAUAAAUACACAGGAUGCCCGUGAAAAAAACUCUCCAGUAUAACUGUACCUAAACCACACACGCAUGCACACACACACACACACACACACGCAUGCCAAGCACACGUACACAAAACAAGGAUACCACAUACUUGAGAGUGACAGAUUUUAGACAAUGUCCAGUAAUAAGUUUUCCUACCCUAAAAUUUGGUCUGGUUUUAUGAUCUAAAAAUAUAGUCUAGAAAAGAGUAUAAUUUUUAAGGCUGUAGUUUGAAAAUAUUGGGUCAAUGCUGCAAAUAAUACUAGUGAUGGAAUCAUUUCGCUACGACUUCCUUUCCCAGAAAAACUGAGAGAGCACAGUGUUCCAUCUGAAUUUUCCUGUUAAUAGCCUUCUAUUCAACAAAAAUUGCCCACAUACCAGGAAAGUGCUACAGUUAUUCUAAGCUUGUAAAAGGGGGAAUCAAGCUAGAUGCAGCCUGUUGGGAUCUUUGUACCAAGACACAAUAACCUGGCCUGCAGCUGUUGUAUCGACCCUAUUGUAUAUCUAACCAAAUUAGUCUUUUUUGACACACAGCUUUUCAGUCAUUCAUUGUCAAUUGCAAAGCUUCAUGCUCCAGACCCUGUUGUUUUAGCACCAGCCCUAUACCUUUAAAUGGGGGUUAAUUCCUGGCUAUAAUCCUGGCCAAAUUGAUUUGCAAGUCAAGUGAAUGGAGUAGCUUGCAUCUCCUUUGUCAUUCUUGAUCUCCUUUGGGGGAAAGAAAUCAAAGAAAGAAUUUUUACUUAAGUUUUCCUUCCUAUCUUUUGAACAUCAAUUACUAAGAGAUAAGUAAAAUCUAUUUGUUGCAUGUAUUUUGGUUUAUUGCACAAUAUAUGUAGUUAUUUUUGGAAGGCCUGUCUUUUCUUUGUGAUGAAAUUCCAUGUUUCCCUGGGAGUCUGUCACAAAUAAAAUGUGAAAUUAAUAUUUAUUCAGACAAUAAAAUCUUCUCAAUCUUAUGUGGCACACAAUACCCAUCCCCACAUUUCCCUCCGCCAAAAAACUAUGAGCUGUAGAAACAGAUUAAUCAUGAAACCAAUCAAUUGUUAAAUGAUUGUUUUCUUUAAAAUUUUAAACUAUAACAAAUGACUUAUAGCCAAAAGUCUUCAAGUUUUCUUUAAACAGAAAAAUAUGUCAUAAUCAAUAUCCUAAUAAUUGUUAUAUUACUGGCUCUUUAAUAUUUGAUAUUGUUAGUCAAGUUUAUGAUCCUUUGGUCUCAAUAUUCAGAAUUUAUUAAUUAUUCAUUUUUUAACAGUAUUUAUUAAACACCUGCUAUAAUAGAACAACUGUAAUGGGUAGUAAAAAAUAAUAAGGAGAAACUACAAAUUCUAAAGAAUCAAUGACAGUAAAGAGUGGCAUGAAAUAAGUAUAUUCAAAUAUUUUUGAUAUUUGAUUUUAUAAUAUAAAAUUAGAAAAUUGACAUCAAUUCUUGUCCAAUAAUAUACAAACUGCAACUGCUUCUUUUUCCUAAUGAAUGGAACUCACUGGAUCCUCCUUUUUUCUCCCUUCAUCUGAAAUAUAUGAAUUAAAUCUGGACUCAGGAGUGAACCAAAUAAAAAAGAGAUUUUCAGGCAAUUGUAAGUGAUGCUAAAUCUAUACCAGCAAACUCCCCUCAGAUAGUUUCAGAGGGUGGUUGAUUCAUGCAUAACCCAGGAAAGAUUUCAGGGAACUUUUGAAACAAAAAUACAAAAAACAGUCACUCUUACUUCUACUUAUAAACAGGUUAUCAAAAUAGCAAAACCCUAUUCCAACUUCCAUAGGCAUCACUUAGAAGCAGAUCGAAAACAAAAGAGGUCCCUGGGUCUCCUUUGCUUUGAGUUUGGAAUUACGAACCACCCUCUCAGCAGUGGAAAAUUGACCUCCUCAACAGGAAACUUCCUUUUUCAAAAGGUAACGCAAGCUCCUCUUUCUAUAAAUAUGACUUUAAUAAAAAUAUAACAUUAAAAUGGAAUCUUAAUCUCUCAAAACAGCUUCAUCGUCCUGAAAGUCCGUAUAUGAAAUACCCAGCUUAAAUGGGAAACAUAUUUCUGCUCAAAGACAAGACUUGACUCCAAUUUGAAAUAGGAACUGUCUGUUGUGUCCAUACCAAAAGUUUAAAUCCUCAAGCAUUCUUAGUUCUAGUGCACAUGUGCAACUUCUGACUGCAUCCCUUUUCUGAGAUCUGCUAAUUUAUGCUGAGGUGAUUUAAAUGCCCCAACCACAUGGCACAGGUCUGCAAAAACAGCACAGCUCACCAGAUGUUUUCUGUAGCAUUAAAGAAUUUAAUUGACUUAAUCGACUGAAUACCAGCAACUCACUCGACAACUCACUAGAAUUACAAAACUGGCAGGAUGGAUGUGAGGAUGGAACACAAGCUUAAUAAGUGGUGGCAUCUCUUAGGAACUAUUAAAAAGUUUCAACAGAACUGGACUGUGUCUUAUAGUACUAGAAAGCUCAGAGAGAAGGCAGUCUCUUCUAGUCUUCAUGCCUCAAAGGGGCAGCCUAGCCAUCCUCAGCCUAGUUGGUGCUUAUGUCAGUGGAACAACACCCACUUCAAUUGCAUUUUACUAUCUACAGGUCACUUGAUUCUGUAGAAAUAAAAAUACAGACCUACACCAUUCUAAGAAACUUUUAGAAAGAAAUUGAAACACAUUUUUAUAUUAAAAUGACUAAUAAAUGACUUGUGUUAUUGUCAAAAAUAAGGAAUUGAGAAGUAAAAGAGCUCUUUAAUAUUUUACCAGCCAAAACUAUAUGUUCAAUGUGACUCUUUUAAAAAGUCACUUCUAACCUUUACUUUGACUUUUCUCAUGGAUUUUCAAGAGAGACCAUAAGACCAAUUUCCUAAACAGCAUAGUUAUUUUAUUAUUUUCUUUCUUUUUAAUCAAAAUUCAAAGGCAAAAGCUUCAUGUUGCCUGGGUUUUCCUUAUGCUCGGUCCUGAGCUAGUCCAUUACUAGCUGGCAUGUCUGGCUUCUGAGAGUGUGGGAUCAGAAAGCAUGAUGGGAAAUAGGAAAGUACUCACGAUCAGAUUCACAGUCUAAGCCAACAUGUCUUUAAAGUUCACUUUUUCUAUGUAUGCUGUUUUAGUCUCAUUACUUAAAGCCUGGAAUUUUAGUGAAUCUAGGUAUGUGUUACAUCAAUAAGAAAUGCCAUAAUUUCAAAGAUAUAAAUCAUGUUGUAACUACUCUCACUUGUAAUAGAUAUAUCACUAUAUAGAGUAAUUGCUAUCUAUUUGAUUCCUUAUACUUGGUUAUACUUCAAGAAAAAUCAACUCUACUGUGUCAUUUUAUUCUUGUCUUACAAAAAGAUUUGGGCAAGAAUAUAGAUAGAAUUUAUUUUAAAUAGUAUUUAAAUUCAACAUACUAAUAAUGUAAUUCCUCUUUGUAUUACUCAUUACCAUGUUAAUAGUAAAGUUAUUUCAGUAAUUCUGAUUUUAAUGACAUGUAUAAGGCCAUUGAAAUAUUUUUGUUUGUUUGUUUGUUUUCUGGUACCUGGGAUUGAACUCAGGACCUCGAGCUUUCAAGGCAGGCACAGUGCCACUGAACUAAAUGCCUGGCCCCAUUUAAAUAUUUUUAUGAUAAUGUAUAUUGAUUAGAGUUAGGAUGAGGCUAAUUUAUGGUAGAAAUUAGCCUUGUUUUUGUCAAAGUUAUUUACACUAUUAGUUGUUAUUUUGAAAAAGCAUGAUAGUUAGAUAUCAUUUUCCUCUCUCUUUUAGCUUUUUCCCAUAUUUUUUAUCUGGCUUGAGAUUAUCUUUAAAGCUAUUUCUUAAUGAGUAUUUGGAGGAAACCCAACAUAGAAUAUGUCUCUUUAAAACUUAUCUAGGGAUUUUUAUCUCCAGAGAUCUGUAUCACAUCUUACUGUCCCACUAGACCACCCACCCUCUUCUCUGUUCCAUCCAUCCUAAUAUUGUUUUGUUAUCUCUAUGUAGAAAAAAAUAUAAAAAGGAAGUUCAAAUAUUUUACCCUGUUAGUACAUUUUACCCUAUUUUGUUUUGCUCUUCCUUUUUCAAGUUGACCACCAAGUUUUUCUCCUAAACUUAGGUUAUCAGUCUUUACAAUUGUAAAGAUCUAUAUAGACUGUGCACGUUUAUUUAAAUAUGAAAGAAAAGGAAAGAGUAAAAUUCAAAUCUGAAUUCUCCUAAAGAGGAAAACCUACAUAACUAAAUCUAGGACAUAAAUUGCUGACUGUUUUUUGUUUGUUUAUUUGUUUUAUAAGUUAGUGUUAAUCUUUGAGUGAUUUAAUGAUAGUCAAAUAAUAUCUGAAUUUUAUAGAUUUUAAAAUUUAAUAGUUGGAGUGUCAUUUUGUUUGUACCACAAUCAAACAAGGUUUCUUGCCAAAGGUUACCAUCAGAACCCUAGUUUAUUAGGCACUAGUCAUGCCAAAUGGAUAGUUCAGAAUGAUUUAAUCUUUUUGAAGAUACAAUGGCCAACUGUGUGUGAAUAAUGGAAAGUUUGAGAUUCUUCUGUAUUCUUUAAUUUUUAUAGUCCUGAGACUAGCAGGGCUCUCUAGAGGUCAUCUGGCUCAUCCAUCUACCUCCAGGGAGGACUGUCACUCAGGCAUGCCCAACAGGAUAGAUAACCAUCUAUUCUUACCAUCUCUAGGGGAGGAAAGUUUCCUUGGCAACACAAUCCAGCUCUUUUAGGGUUUCUCACAAUAAGAAAAUAUCUUGGCCACUUUUAGUGGCCUAGGCACCUGGCAACAGUUGUGCUAAUUUGGACCAUUGUACUGGGAGACUCCAGAGAAGUUAGGUUUCUCCUUACAUCUGACUGUUAUUACAUAUGGCUAUAAGUUUCCUAAGAAAUCAAAUUUUCAAAGAAAGAUAUAACUAUUCAAACAGUUCCCAGUUAAUGUAACCUGCUUUUGGCAAAUGUUGCUAUAGAUGGUUUUUAUUCGCGUCUUUAUUUAUUUAUUUUUGUUGCUGUUAGACCAGGAAUUAAUAUCAGGAAAAGUGACUGUUUCAGAUCCCCAGUGACAAACACCAGAACUAGAAUCAAGUGACUCAACUUCAACAGUGUUCAACUUUUUGAGAAGUUACAAUUACAAAAAAGUAAGCAUGUGCUAUGUUUUUGCUUCUAAAUAAGUACCUUCUCAUUAAUCUUUCUUUAGCCUAAAAAGACAAAUAAGAAUCUAAAGUUUUUCCACUCCUGCUGGAGAAGAUGUAACUGUGAAGAAUAUGAUCUGGAAUAAAAUGAUUCCAGAGACUCACUCAACCACAUUUGAUCCCAGCCUUUGUCCUCAUGUUUUUUAAACAAUGGCUGCUGGCUUUCUCAGGGAUCGGGAAAAUGAUUUUUCAAAUUAUCAUCUUGACAAGGUCUGAAAACAAAGGGAGGAGUCCUGGACAAUGGUGAUUGUGUUUUCUUAUUCCAUCACUUGACCCAAGCACUCCCUGAAGCUUUCAGAGCCUUUUUCUGUUUCCUCAGAGUUGACUCCAACUCAGAGGCCAAGCUGAAUGGACGAGGAGUACCCCCCAAAUCAACAUUUCCUUUCUCCAUGGGAUUUGUUUCAAUCUAGGAACAGCUGCUUAUCUCCCCAACUCGGAUGCUCUUGUGAAAUGACAGCCACAGCAGUGUGGUUGCUUCCCACAGAUAACACUUUGGGGAAAUGGCCCUUGUUGUCUUUAAAAAGUGCUGCAGAACGCUCAUGUAAAGAAUGGUGAAUAAAAUUUGGCCCAUGUUUUAAUUGACUCUAGCCACCACUAUGAAAAUAAGUCUGAGGCGUAGUUUGUGAAACAUGUUUCAAAAGUGUUUGAUGUAUAAUAAAUGCUAGACAUUUACAGUGCAGAAAUUGUAAAAACAAAAAAAUUAAACCUGUAGAUUACAACUCUGUUCCUAAGAACCUCAGCAUUUAUUGUGUCUUAGUAAAGUUGAUCUGCUUUCUUUUUCGUUUAUCGCAUUUCUGGUGUAAUAGCCUCUUAAGAUAGAACUAUUAAUACAUAUGUACUGGUUAAUGCCUGUUAAUGCAGAAAAUGGCACUUUGUUAUUUCAAUGUGUUUCCCUCAGUGUCACAGGGUAUAUCAAUUUGACAGGAAAGGUCAUUUAACAUUAGUCAAAAAGACAUUUUUGCCGUAAAAUAUAUAUGUAUAAUUGGUUACAUAGGUAAAUGUCACCUUUUGAAGUGUCUUUAUCUUCAUCAUAGUCUUAGACAUCAACUGUGUCUCUACUUUCCAGCUGCCAUAGAAAUUUGGUAGAUUUGCAAAUUCUGGUGAAAUCUAGUGAGCUGAAUGUAUUGGUAGAUCAAAUGAUCCAAAGGACUUAGGUAUUAUUCUUCUGUCUGUGUUGGACAUUCAGACAUUAGAAAUGGUCUUUACACAAGGGAAGUCUUUUUGGAGUAUAUGUAUUUUAUUUUAUAUUGUGUUUGAUGCUGUAAAAAAAAAAGAUGUAACUUUAAAAACUCAAAAAAACCACUGCACUGUAAAGUAUAUUUUGGCAUAAUGAUUGGUUUUAUCCUUCAAUUGAUUUUUUAUUAUUACUUUUGCUCAAUAGAUAUUUAAUUAUUAUUGUGUUCAAUCUAAUGAUGUAUGAAGUUUGAAAAGGAAGAAAAUCAAACUGUAAUCCAUACGUAGCCAUUUUACACCAAGAUGUCAUGUUGUGUGUCACACAGUUUUGAGAUUGAUUUCUCUUGUGUACAAGUUAUAAAUAACAUCAAAGAUGCCAAAGGGUAUAUAAAAUAAGCUACAAUAAUAUUCAACAGAACUUAGUCUGGACUUUAUGUUGUAAUAAUUUAUUCAUAUUAGCUGUAGUUGUCUGUAUUUAUAUUUUCAGUAUUUAUUACAAAUGACAUGGAAAUUCGUGUAUUUAUUGUGGCUUUUUCUUGCAAUGUGUGUGUAUACAUAUAUUACAAAUAAGCAUUUUUAAGUCUUAUCUUUAAGUUUCUUUUACUAGUGGCACUUGUAUUAUGCUGUACUUUUUAUUAUAUAUUGUACAAUAUCUUGUCCAUUUGUUUGCAGCAGAGUAAAACCAGUUUCUAAGUUAUA